ACAUUCACAGAUGAUUGUGCCGCCCGCACCACCGGAUUCAAAAAUCACUCCGUAACACGUUGUAUCGGUUAAUGCGGUUAAUGCGGUUAAUGCAAAAGAAAAGAUAAUAGAAAGUGAAAUUAUCAAAUUUUGAUAAACAUUUACAGAAUGAAUAGUGUAUUUAACCAUUUAUUUUGAAAAUUCGUGUUAAUCAGUGAAAAUACCGAAAAUAUAAACGUUAUAAACGAUAUACAAAAACAAAGAUAUUGAAAACAUAACCCAUAAACAUAAAUAAAAAUUUGUCCAUUUAAAAAAAUGUGCGGUAAAUUAUUUUGUUAUACCAAAUAAACUUUAGUAAACUACAAGUAAACCAAGUAAAUAUGGUUUUUACAAGUCGAAUAUUGUUCUUCGCGACAAAACUACCAAAAGAAGAAAAGCCCAUGAGAAAGUUUCUGCGGACAGGUUUCUUGGAUAAUCUUCGAAUACAUGUGAAAGCUGGUCAUGGUGGUUCAGGACUUCCAAAAUACGGUGGAAAAGGUGGAAGAGGUGGUAAUGUUUUUAUUCAGGCAUCAAAAUAUUACACAUUAAAAGCCACCGAUAGAUUGAUACGAGCAAGGAAAUUGGAAGCUAAACCAGGAAUGAACAGUACUGCACGUGGUUUGAUCGGCACUGUCGGAGAUGAUUUGAUUAUCAAAGUUCCAACCGGAGUGGUUGCUCAUGACGAAAAUGGCAUCGUUAUCGGAGAAGUGAAUGAACCAAUGUCGAGAUUGAAGAUAGCAGAUGGUGGAGUUGGCGGUUGCAAGGAGACAAAUUACUGUGGAAAAAGGGGUCAAGCUAGAACAAUAAUUUUAGAUUUGAAAUUAAUAUCAGACAUUGCUGUCGUUGGUUUUCCGAAUGCGGGAAAAAGUACUCUCCUAAAAGCGAUCUCUCGAGCUUCACCUAAAGUCGCCGAAUAUCCAUUUACCACCGUGAGACCAAAUAUCGGAAUAAUGGGAUUCAAAGAUUUGAGAAAAAUAACAGUCGGCGAUUUACCAGGUUUAAUAGAAGGAGCACAUCAAAAUGUCGGUAUGGGUUACAAAUUUCUAAAGCACAUUGAAAGAUCAAAAAUGAUAUUGUUCGUCGUUGACAUUCAGGGUUUUCAAUUGUCCCCAAAGCAUGUUUAUAGAAAUUUUCUCGAGACAAUUGUACUGCUUAAUAAGGAAAUUGAACUCUACAAUCCUGAUUUAAUCGAUAUGCCGGCAAUGCUUCUUAUUAAUAAAAUGGACACACCGGGCGCUGAAGAUACUCUAAAAUCACUUUAUUCGAAAGUAGAGAAUCUAAAGAAUCACCUUGACGAAUUUCCAGAGGAAAUACGACCCGAUAAUAUUGUCAAAUUCUUGGAUAUUUACAAAGUAUCGAUGCAAAAUAUGCGUCAUGACGAGAAGGAAUUAUUGAAAUAUAGGAUAAGAAAUGCAUUGGACAAGUGCACGUCAGAGGAAGAAUUUGAGAAUAUGGGCGCCGAACCAGUUUUCAAAUUAAUUGAACAAAUGAAAAAGAAUUCGGAGAAAGUCACUCCACUUUUAGUUUAAAUUAAUUUCCUGUGAAACGUAUAGGUAUGUAAAUAUUAUAUUAUAGAUUUUUUAUCUCAAUUGUUAAAAGGUUUUUAACUGUAAAAAAGGAAUAAACUUAGAGACGGAAA